CAUUUUCAAAAGCAAGAAUAGAGAAGAUAUUCUGAGCUGUGGAGAACAUAAUGAAUCCACAGAAAUUGAUGCCAUAUUGAAGGCAUGCUGGUAUAUCAUUGAGGCAUUGAUGGAAGGUUCACAAAUACAUUCAAAAUGGGGUGAGUCAUUCUGCCCAUUGAGCAGAAGUGAUGCCUACAGCAAAGGCUGCCAAUGUGAUGUUCGAUUCUUAUCAAGGUUGGGAAUAGACCUAGGAGAGUGGGAAUUUGCAGCACAUUGUACAGCCAUGAAGGUCAUUGGUGACCGCUGUCAUUCAGCUCGAAUAAACCAAUCCAUCUUGAACGAUUUGUUGAGCUUUAACUGGACAGAUGAGCAAAUCAAUGGUGUUAAUGUGCCAUUCCUUCAAAUUGCUGGUACAAGUGGCCAAAUGCUGUUGAUAGACUUAACACAAGAAUACUAUGUUGUAUUCCCAGGGGGCAGAUUUGAGCUGCCAACAAAUCUUCAGCAAAUUGGGAAGCUUAAGGGAUCUAUCCAGGUUCUGAAGUAUUGCAUGGACAUGUAUGGAGAAAGAGACAAAGCAAUUGAAAGCUUACAGAUUGGUUACCAUCCAUUUGAUGAAAUAUUUGGCAUUGACAAUGUCACACCUACUCACUCCAAAUUCAAAUACAUUCACAAGCCAUGGUGGACACAGAAACCCAGCCGCAGUGCAGAGCCAACCAAACUUUAG